AUGGCGGCGAGCAGCCUGUGGGGCCCGGCGGUGGCCGGCGGAGGGGAGAGUAGCGAGAGUGAGGAUGAUGGCUGGGAAAUUGGGUAUCUCGACCGGGCACCUCAGAAAUUUACAGCGCCGUUACCUGCUGAAGAAAAGAAUGAAAUGUUUAAGAAAGCAUUGACCACAGGAGAUACUUCGUUGGUUGAAGAGCUCCUAAACGCUGGCAUCAGUGUGGACUCCAGCUUUCGGUAUGGGUGGACACCCCUUAUGUUUGCUGCAAGCAUUGCCAACGUCAACCUGGUCCGGGUCCUUUUGAACAGAGGUGCUAAUGCAAGCUUUGAAAAGGAUAAGCAAACUGUUUUGAUGACUGCGUGUUCUGCUCGUGGCUCACAGGAACAGAUCAUAAAGUGUGUAGAGCUACUACUUUCCCGAAAUGCUGACCCAAAUGUUGCUUGUAGGAGACAGAUGACUCCAAUCAUGUAUGCUGCCCGAGGUGGUCACCCUCAGGUUGUUGCUCUUCUUGUUGCGCAUGGAGCAGAAGUUAAUGCCCAGGAUGAGAAUGGCUACACUGCUUUAACGUGGGCAGCAUAUCAGGGUCAUAAAAAUGUUAUUUUGAAGUUGCUUGAACUUGGAGCUAAUAAAAUGCUACAAACCAAAGAUGGAAAGACACCAAGUGAGAUUGCAAAUAGAAAUAAACAUCCAGAGAUCUUCAGCUUACUUUCUUUGACAUUAAAUCCACUGGAAGGAAAGAUUCAACAACUAACUAAAGAAGAGACUAUUUGUAAAAUGUUAGCAACAGAUUGUGAUAAAGAAAAAGAUAAUUUAUUUAGUUCAUACACAGCAUUUGGAGAGUUGGACUUAUUUUUACAUGGUCUUGGACUUGAACAUAUGACAGAUUUAUUAAAGGAAAGGGAUAUAUCUUUAAGACACCUUAUGACCAUGAAAAAAGAUGAAUUUUUAAAGAAUGGAAUUACAAAUAAAGACCAGCAGAAAAUUCUGUCUGCUCUUAAAGAAUUAAUGGUAGAAGAGAUAAAAUUUGGAGAGCUACCUGAAGUAGCAAAGUUGGAAAUCAGUGGUGAUGAGUUCCUCAAUUUCCUUCUGAAAUUGAACAAACAGUGUGGCCAUUUAAUAACAGCCGUACAGAAUAUCAUAACGGAGUUGCCUGUAAACUCUCACAAGAUAGUACUAGAAUGGGCUUCUCCCCGGAAUUUUACUUCUGUUUGUGAAGAACUGGUUACUAAUGUUGAAGGUUUGAGUGAAGAGGUCUGCAGACUGAAAGACUUAAUUCAGAAGCUACAAAAUGAACGGGAAAGUGAUCCUACACAUAUACCCUUGGUGGAAGAAGUGUCGCCAUGGAAGAGUAGACUUUUGAAGAGAACAGCUGUUACAGUAUGUGGAUUUGGGAUUCUUCUUGGCAUUUGCAAGCUAAUGUUCCAGAGAAAAUUACUGUAAUUUUUAAAAGUAAUACAUGUAAAUAUUUUAAAUUUAUCUUGCUCAAACUAUUAAACAAAAAUUGCUUUUAUCCAUUUGUGCCACAAUAGAACUUUACACUCUUUGCCAGUACUUCAGCAAAAAAAAUUA